CACCAUUGCCUGCCAGUGCGAAACACGGGCGCUCGUUGAAGUUUACAAACAAAUACAGACACUGUCUAGCUCUUUUUUUGAAAUGCCUUCAUUUUUAAUGUCGCUUUUUUGUUGCCUCUUUAUGGCAUUAACGUUUAGCCGAAUCGAUGUGGCAGCAUAUCCUACAGGUGCCCCGACUGCGGCCUGUGAAUCCAUGACCCCUGAGCAUUACGGAACCCUUCCGUCUAACAAUCCAUGCCCAUUUGAAGUCAUUCUCAAUCAGAAUCAAACAUUCUCUAAUGGCAGCGUGAAGGUAACGCUUCAGCCAUCCCUGCCGUCAGUAUCGUUCAAAGGAUUUUUGGUGAUGGGCUUUGACAAAGUAACGGAUCGCGUUAUUGGAACAUUUCAAAUACCACCAUCAUACAAUCUGAGCAAAACAAUUGAUUGCAACAAUGAGUAUGAGAAUGCAGCUACUCACAAGUCUAAAGACCCAAAGCAGAGUGUCACGCUCGAUUGGAUUCCACCCGAAGGUUACGACGGUGAAGUCAUAUUCAAGACUACGUUCGUCGAGGAGUUUAUCAACUAUUGGGUUAAGCAACUAUCUGGAAUAGUCAAGGUUGUAGCGUCAGAGAGUGCGACGCCGGAGAGCACAACAACUGACGUCACACCCACUCAGCUCCCCCUUCCGGAUGUUUACGAAGGAUGUGGGGUAUCCAAGGGAUGUAUUGCCACACCUGAUGAUUGUGUGGACUCGAAAACUUGUUCCAUGAUGGCAACAUACAAAAAACUGGACAACGAUCAUCUUCAAUUGGAAAUUUACGGUGAAAUCAAAGGGGACGAAUACGUGGCUGUUGGAUUUUCCACCGAUUCGGAAAUGGGAUCUGAUAGUGUAGUUGAAUGUGUCCAAUACCGGGACACUCUCAAAGCCUAUCAAUCCUACAACACCCCGCAGCGGAACAACCAAAGGCUUCCGUCAAAUUUGCAAGGAUUCGUUGAACUCAGUUUCCCUACGUACGUUGACGGUUACAUUUACUGCAGCGUGAAGCAUCCUAUCGUAUUUGAUAAUAACGUGGGCUUUGAUUUGAAUAAACCUUAUUAUUUACUGAUGGCAACCGGAAGCACUGGAAAAGACAAUAUCCAAGAACAUUCGGAAGAAGAAAAAAGUGGAAUGUCUAUAGAUUUAACCAAAGAUUACGGCGUCUCGUAUUUUAAGGAAUCAAGAGUGUUGAAGCAGUUGCACGGCUCUUUCAUGGUUAUCGCUUGGCUGAUGGCUGCUUCCACAGGUGUUAUGAUGCCACGUUACAUGAAAAAGACUUGGGUCGGAAAACAAUUCAUGAAAAAGGACCUUUGGUUUGUGUACCAUCGGGCAUUGAUGGUGCUCGCCUGGACUCUGACGGUGAUAGGAUUCAUCAUCAUCUUCAUCGAUGUAGACGGUUGGGUAUCGGAAUCCAUCUCCGAGAAUCCGCAUCCUCUAAUAGGCUGCAUCACCACUGUUUUGGCGUUCAUCCAGCCUUUCAUGGCGUGGAUGAGACCUUUGCCCAACGCGCCGAAUCGAUACAUUUUCAACUGGGCUCACAUGUUAGUUGGAUAUUCGGCCCACAUUUUAGCAAUCACUUGUAUCUUUCUGGCGGUUGAAAUGGAUGAAGCCGAGUUACCUUAUGAAACUUAUUGGAUCUUAACGGCCCACGUUUGCUGCUACGUUGGCGUCCACGUUUUGCUUACCUUCCUGGCACGAAGGAACGUAGAUGGGCAUGGAGAAAUGAAGGACGACAAUCCGGGGUUGAAACAGGCUUCGUUACAAAGGCAAGUUAUCCUCGUCUGUUACAUCUGCAUCGUCGUCGGGCUGGGAUCGGCUGUCAUUGCCUUCAUUGCUGGGGCAUAACGAAGUUUCUACAUGAUUUUCAAACAACUGAAGAACAAAACCAAUAAAACUGUUUUUUAUAAAGAACCACUUUGGCUGUGAAGUUCGAGUGAGCAAGACAUUACAGUAUCUUAUACUUAA